UGAAAGCCAAAUACUCUCUUUCUUCCUUUCAACAAACCUUGUUUUUCACUCUUCCAUAUACCAUCUCUCUUCUUCAAUUUUCAUCCAAAGUCCAAACCAACCCUCACCCUUUUUUCUCUCUUCCUUGGUUUUGGCACAGAGAACAAAACAAACUACCCUUCAUCACUUCAUCCUCCAAUCAAUGGAAAUCAACUUGAGUCUCCAAGACACAGAAACCCCACCUUCUUUGAACUCAUCACCAAGAAGCACCAAUCUCAGCAAGAACAACAACAACAUCAUCAACAACAACAAUAACAUCAUCAGCAACAACACCAUACCAAAAUCCUUCCCCAGAUCUGACUGCACCCCUUACCCCACAACCUUUGUCCAAGCUGACACCUCCACCUUCAAACAUGUUGUUCAAAUGCUCACUGGCUCAUCAGACUCCACAAAGCCACAAGAUCCAAUUCCACCACAACCAUCCAAGAACUUCAACAUCCCUCCCAUGAAAACAACCCCAAACAAGCAGCAAGGCUUCAAGCUCUAUGAAAGGAGGAACAACAACAACAACAACCUUAAGAACAACCUCAUGAUCAACACCUUGGUCCCCAAUUUUGGACACACCUCAGGAUUCUCCUCACCCCACAACCCAGAGAUUCUCUCCCCAAGCUUGCUUAACUUCCCCUCCCUCACUCUCAGCCCUGUCACUCCACUGAAUCAUGAUGACCCUUUUGACAAGUCCUCACCUUCACUGGCUAGCUCCUCCUCUUCAGAGGAAGACAAAGCCAUAGCUGAAAAAGGCUUCUACUUGCAUCCUUCUCCCAUGUCAACCCCAAGAGAAUUUGAGCCUCAACUCUUGCCAUUGUUCCCUGUCUCUUCACCUAGAGUUUCUGAGUUACCUUGACAAAUAUCAAACCAGACUAAAAACCUAUAUUUUUCUGUAUCAUCAUCAUCAUCAUCAUCUUCAAGCUAUGAUUUAUCAUUUGAUUUUCAUUUGAAAGGUACAUAGCUUACUCAAAUUGUACACUUAGAUGAUGAUCUCUUUCUCCUCUCAAUUAGAUGACUUUUUCUUUUCUUCCCCCUUUUUUUCUUUUUUAAUUUUAAAUUUGUCUCCUCGUCUUCCAAGUGUUUGUUAUUAAACCUCAUCCAAAGGAAAUAACCAUUACCCAGAUAGAGAGAAUCUCAAUUUAUGAUCAUGUGUGUUGAUUCAAUUUCACACCAACCACUGAAGAGAAAAGUUAUGAAGAGACUCAGAAGAAAGCAAAGAGAGGUUAAGGAAAUGAGCAUAAUUUUUGGGGAGAUAUUUUGGUGCACAACAGUGUCUGUACCCAGGACUUAACUGUAUCCUACUGCAUCUCUCAUCAAAGAAAAAUGUACCCAAAAGGAAGGUGGGUGGGUCAACUCAAUGAAGGUUGAAAGGGUCCCUCUUCUUAGUGAUUAUGUAACAUUUUAGUCUGAAUUAUUAAUAGUUUUGGGUUUGGUUUUCCUUGUCUCACUCUUAUUGGUUAGAGAUUCAUGUUAAUGUGUAAGUUCUCGUAAUCCCUUUCUGAUCAAAAAGUAGAGACUUUUUUUUCUUUUC